GUUGUAAUAUUGGAAGCAUCUGGACUGAAUGAACUUUAGUAAUAAAAGAAAUUUUCCAUCAAUAACUCAGAAAAUUGUAAGUCAGCUGAAAAAUGAAGCAAGUUCCAGAGAUCCUUGGAAAUACCAAUGGGAAGACUCAGAAUUGUGAAGUCAAUCGGGAAUGUUCAGUGUUUCUCAGCAAAGCCCAGAUUUCUACUACCCUACCAGAGGGUGUCAUGCAAAAAUUUAAUGGCCAUGAAGCUCUACCAUUCAUUCCAGCAGACAAAUUGAAAGAUCUAACCUCUCGUGUCUUCAAUGGGGAAUCUGGUGCCCAAGAUGCCAAGCUGCGCUUUGAAUCCCAAGAAAUAAAGGGAAUUGGAACACCCCCUCACACUACUCCUAUCAAAAAUGGCUCUCCUGAGAUUAAACUGAAGAUCACCAAAACAUACAUGAAUGGAAAACCUCUCUUUGAAUCUUCUAUUUGUGGAGACAAUGGUCCAGAUGUGUCCCAGUCAGAAGAAAAUGAACAAAAACUAGAAAACAAGUCAAGAAGGAAUAGGAAAAGGAGCAUAAAGUAUGAUUCCUUACUUGAACAGGGCCUUGUUGAAGCAGCUUUGGUGUCUAAGGCUUCAAGUCCCUCUGAAAAAAAGAUUCUAUCUAAGAGAGAGUCAUAUCCAAACAUCAACAAAGAAAAAGACCAUCUGUUGAAGUACAAUGUUGGAGAUUUGGUAUGGUCAAAAGUUUCAGGAUACCCUUGGUGGCCAUGUAUGGUUUCAGCAGAUCCUCUCCUUCACAGCUAUACCAAACUAAAAGGACAGAAAAAGAGUGCUCGCCAAUAUCAUGUACAGUUCUUUGGUGAUGCUCCAGAAAGAGCUUGGAUAUUUGAGAAGAGCCUUGUAUCAUUUGAAGGAGAAGAGCAAUUCGAAAAAUUAUGCCAGGAAAGUGCAAAACAGGCACCCACAAAAGCUGAGAAAAUCAAGCUAUUGAAACCUAUUUCAGGGAAAUUGAGGGCCCAAUGGGAAAUGGGUAUUAUUCAAGCAAAAGAAGCAGUGAAUAUGACAGUAGAAGAGCGGAAAGCCAAGUUUACCUUCGUCUAUGUUAGGGACCGACUUCACCUUAAUCCUCAAGUAGCUAAGGAAGCUGGUAUUGCUGUGGAUCCAUUAGAGGAAGUAGAUGAAUCUUCAGAUGUAAGUGAAGAAACCUCUCAAAUUCCAAAGCAUAAAGAAUUAGGCAUCCCCAUCAAGAGGAGGAGGAGAUCAAAAUUACCACCGUAUACAGAUAUCCAGGAAAGUGAUUCAGGGACUAAAAACGUUACUCCUCAAAGGGCAGCUGAACAGGCAGAUUCAAAAAGAGGAUUGGGUUCUCCUGUUGGUAGAAAGAAGGCUGCGGCAUCUACUCCACGAAGCAGAAAAGGAGAUUCAGGGUCUCAGUUUUUGGUCUUCUGUCAGAAGCACAGAGAUGAGGUAGUUGCUGAACAUCCAGAUGCUUCAUCUGAAGAGAUUGAAGAAUUGCUUGAGUCACAGUGGAAUAUUCUAAAUGAAAAGCAGAAAGCUCGUUAUAACACAAAAUUUGCCAUAGUGACCUCUCCCAAAUCUGAAGAAGACUCUGGUUCGUCACUGAAGAAUAUUGGAGAGACCAAACGUAAAGUGUUUCAAGAUUCACCUAAAAGGAGAUCAAGAUCCAGAAGUAACUUACAUGGAAAAAAAAGAAACCAUGCAAAGAGGACACAGCACCCUACAGAAGAUUUUGAAGUUCAGGAACCAGCUAGGAAAAGACUCAGGAUGGAUAAACACAAUAAUCGGAAGAGGGAGACAAGCAAUGACAAAACAGCCAAAACAAACUCUUCUAAGGUCACAGAAACCUCUUCCUCCCUAAAGAACCAGUCAGCAACGAAAAAUCUGUCUGAUGCAUGUAAACCACUGAAGAAGCGAAAUCGGGCUUCAGCAGCAGAAUCUUCAGCUCUUGCGUUUAGCAAAAGUUCAUCUCCUUCAACUUCCUUAACUGAGAAUGAGAUCUCAGAUGGUCAAGGAGAUGAACCUUCAGAGUCCCCAUAUGAAAGCGCAGAUGAGACUCAAACUGAAAUUUCUAUAUCUUCUAAAAAGUCUGAGCGAGGAACCACAGCUAAAAAGGAAUAUGUUUGUCAGCUUUGCGAGAAAUCUGGCAAUCUCCUGCUUUGUGAAGGACCCUGUUAUGGAGCUUUUCAUUUAUCCUGCCUUGGGCUUUCUAGAAGACCAGAAGGAAAAUUCAUUUGCAGUGAAUGUACUUCAGGGAUUCACUCGUGUUUUGUUUGUAAGGAGAAAAAAACAGAAGUGAAACGCUGUGUUGUAUCCCAGUGUGGAAAAUUUUACCAUGAAGCAUGUGUGAAAAAAUACCACCUUACUGUAUUUGAGAGCCGAGGAUUUCGUUGUCCCCUCCACAGCUGCGUAAGCUGUCAUGUAACAAAUCCUUCAAAUCCAAGAUCAUCAAAAGGUAAAAUGAUGCGAUGUGUUCGCUGUCCUGUUGCUUAUCAUGGAGGAGAUGGCUGCAUGGCCGCAGGUUGUUCAGUGAUUGCUUCCAACAACAUUGUUUGCACUAAUCAUUUCACUGCUCGGAAAGGAAAAAGUCAUCAUGCCCAUGUGAAUGUGAGCUGGUGCUUUGUUUGCUCAAAAGGGGGAAGCCUGUUAUGCUGUGAGUCAUGUCCAGCAGCAUUCCAUCCAGACUGUUUGAAUAUUGAAAUGCCAGAUGGCAGUUGGUAUUGCAAUGACUGCAGAGCUGGAAAAAAGCUUCAUUUUCAAGACAUCAUUUGGGUCAAACUUGGGAACUACAGAUGGUGGCCUGCAGAAGUUUGCCAUCCAAAAAAUGUUCCUCCAAAUAUUCAGAAAAUGAAGCAUGAGAUUGGCGAGUUUCCUGUGUUUUUCUUUGGAUCUAAAGAUUAUUACUGGACACAUCAGGCACGAGUCUUUCCCUAUAUGGAAGGAGAUCGGGGAAGCAGAUAUCAAGGAAUUAAAGGAAUUGGAAAAGUCUUCAAGAAUGCACUGCAAGAAGCUGAAGCUCGUUUUCGAGAAGUAAAGCUUCAACGGGAAGCCAGAGAAACCCAGGAAAAUGAACGUAAACCUCCACCUUACAAACACAUUAAGGUGAAUAAACCUUGUGGAAAAGUUCAGAUAUAUACAGCUGAUAUUUCUGAAAUUCCCAAAUGCAACUGCAAGCCCACAGAUGAAAACCCCUGUGGUUUCGACUCGGAGUGUUUAAAUCGGAUGUUAAUGUAUGAGUGCCACCCUCAAGUUUGUCCAGCAGGAGAGCAGUGCCAAAACCAGUGCUUUACCAAACGUCAGUACCCAGAGACAAAGAUCAUCAAAACUGAUGGCAAAGGCUGGGGCCUGGUUGCCAAGAGGGACAUUAAAAAGGGAGAGUUUGUGAAUGAGUAUGUUGGUGAAUUAAUUGAUGAAGAAGAAUGUAUGGCAAGAAUCAAGUAUGCACAUGAAAAUGACAUCACACAUUUCUAUAUGCUUACUAUUGAUAAGGACCGGAUAAUUGAUGCUGGUCCCAAAGGAAACUAUUCCCGAUUCAUGAAUCACAGCUGCCAGCCAAAUUGUGAGACUCUGAAAUGGACAGUAAAUGGAGACACUCGUGUGGGAUUGUUUGCUGUAUGUGAUAUUCCUGCAGGGACAGAACUGACUUUUAAUUACAACCUUGAUUGUCUGGGCAAUGAAAAAACUGUCUGUCGAUGUGGUGCCUCUAACUGUAGUGGAUUCCUUGGUGAUAGACCAAAGAACUCAGCUGCUCUUUCUUCAGAGGAAAAGGGCAAAAAGACCAAGAAAAAAACAAGGAGACGUAGAACAAAAGGUGAAGGAAAGAAAGAAUCUGAAGAUGAUUGUUUCCGUUGUGGUGAUGGGGGUCAGCUGGUACUAUGUGAUCGGAAAUGUUGUACUAAAGCUUAUCAUCUCUCCUGUCUGGAUUUGGUUAAACGACCUUUUGGGAAAUGGGAAUGCCCUUGGCAUCACUGUGAUGUAUGCGGCAAACCAUCAGUUUCUUUUUGUCAUUUCUGCCCAAAUUCCUUUUGCAAGGACCACCAGGAUGGGACAGUCUUCAGCACCACACAAGAUGGACGGUUAUGCUGCUCUGAACAUGAGUUUGGAGUGGAAUCUAUUAGAAACCCAAAGACUGAGAAACCCUUCCCAGAACCAACCAAGUUGAAGCCCAAAAGAAAGAAAAGAAGGUGUUGGAGGAGAAAAACAGAGUACAAAUAGUGACAGACUUCAGGGGUUUUGUGUGUUUGUGCGUGGUUUUUUUUUUUUUGUUUGUUUUUAACUGCCAACACUAUCUUGUAGAUACAAGGGUCUAUCUUGUGAAUAGGGUCGACGAAGGACGCAGUUUUACAUAUCUAAUAAGUGUACAGGUUUCAUUUUGGGGGAAAGCAUUUUUAAAUCCACUGAGCCAUCUCUAGCAGUUUCUGCUGUAUCUGCACUGAUAAUGAAUUGUGAUAUACACAAUUCAGAAUUUUUCAGGACAAACAAAACUUAUUACACAACAUUACAGUUACACUUGAAUUUCUAAGAAUGUAAUGGUUCCCUCCUGCAUUUGGGGAUAAAAAAGGCAUGACUGAAAAAAUUUGACGCCUAUUUUCCACUUCACCUGAAAGGAAUGUGAGGUGGAAAACCAUAUUUUCUAAAAGAAAACACUUUUAGUGUUUAACAAAAAUAGCUUGACCUUUGCUCAGUGUCUUUAUUCAAAAGAUACCACAGUAAUGUCUGUUUCAAAGGUUUUAACUUGGUUUCCUCUGAAACAGUGAGUUUGGUCAUCUCUCCUGCUUUUAUAAAAACAGCAAACUGUAAAACUUUUUUUGUUAAUGUGAAAUAUUUUCUCAGAAAUGUAUAUCCCUUUAUAAGGAGAGGAGCACCCUAGGAUAGUGAGGGGGGGAAUUUUAGAGGAUUUUUUUCAUAUUCUUUUUUUUUCCUAUUUAUAGAUUACAACUAAAAUAUAAGUAACACUUUAGUCUUCAGAGCUGUAAGAGUCUCAAACUUGGAACAACAACUUUUCCUAAAAUGGCCACCGUGGUGAAAAUCCUAUCACCUCUUAUGGGCAUAUCUUUUGAAUGCACAGUCAUCUUGUCAUCAUUCUUCACCAUUUUGGGAAAACGCUUUAUAUGUUUUUUUAUUUGGUUUUUCUUUAAUGAUUUUUUUAUUUUGGCUUUUAAUCUCAAAAUAUAUAUUUGCUAAGCCUCAUUUCACAAAUUAUUACUAAUUGAAAUGUAUGUUUAUUGAUGAUAUCCUGAUUUUUCAUUACAAAAAAAUGUGAACUUGACUAUUAUAGGGACAUUAGACCUGCCAUGUGUAUGUUUCUAUUUAGACUAAAAAGUGAAAUAAAUAAUUGAGGGAAAAAAUGAUUUUAUGUACUGUUUCCUGCCCCAUAGGUGUUUUGAUAUAAGGAUGGGCAGAGUUGCUAACAAAUUCUGACCUGUGCAAUCAUGAUCCAACCCAAAUGCCCCUAGUUUAUGCCCAUUUAAUGUUUUAUACGUACUAGCAUAGUUUGCCUUUAUAGUGCAGAUCUGUUAUGUAGCCCUUUAAAAAAAUGAAGCAUAGUCUAUCAUAAAAAUGUAUAUUUUUUCAAAACUAUUUUUUCAGGGUUUGAAAGAUUUAGAUUUUAGAAUUAUUGAUGAUUAAAGCUAUUUCCAUUACAUGCAAAUUUUGUGGGUCUUUUUUCAUUUAAUUGAAUUGAUACUGGUCUAAAAUAUGCCAUUAUCCAACAUUAUAAUAUGAAAGCAUUUGGUGGGGGAAGCUGAAUAAUUGUUUUGCUUUGAUUGUGGAUCAAAAUUUAUAAACAAUGAGGGGAAGGCUAGCUUUCCCCUCCAUUUCUUUUCUCUGUUUCAAGUUAUGGUUUUUUAAGAUGGGACAAGUCUUACACUGAUUUCCAUUGUGAGAUUUUUUUUUUCUUUAUUUCUAUUUUUUCAACAAGUAAAAGAAUACCCAGCCAUGGCGUAAUAUUUGAGAGAUAAUAAGUUCUCUUUUUUUAAAGUUUUUUUUCCUACUCUGAGAAUUCAUUCUGAUAUUUGGAAGUUUGAGGUAUAAACUCCAAACAGCUCACAGUUUAUUUCUUGUCCCUCUAUUCCUUCUCUCUCAUUCUAUCCAAGGUUAUUUGGUGUAAAAGAAGGGAAUUAGGGGUAUCACAGGGGAUAGCAAGGUGACUGAAUGGGAAAAAGUAAAGAAGAAAGUGACCAUCUCUAACAACUUUUUUAAAGAAUAAAGGAAAUACUUGAGAAGCAACUACUUUUAACAUCUCCUGAGAAUAAAAUUCAUCUUGAAAAGGAAUUUACAAAAACCCACUUUUGGUAAUGAUAGUUAAGAAAAUUGGAAAGUCAUGUGGAUUUUAAAAUUCAAUUUUACUGUAUUCUUUGCUUUAUUAGAUUGCUAUGUAUCACUGGUUAUAAGAAGUAGAAGAACAUUGUACCUAUCCAUUUUGUAACCUGGCAGGUUAACAUCAUUAGGCACCUCAUAGAUGACUAGUGUUUCUCUACAGAAACUGCCAAAUGUUUGAGAGGUACACCAUGGACAGAUAGACCUGGUUAUCGCUUGUUAAUCAUAUUUGGCUUUUCUUAAAGCUCUUUUUGGAGCAUGAGGGGAGGCCAUCAAAGUAUGCAUUACAUUUGCCCAAGCCCUGUAAAUAUUAACCUGCCUGGGGAUAUGUAGCCGCUCUUUAACAACUUUGUUGAAUACUGAAUGUUUAAGAAAAAACUGACUUCACUGUUGGUUAA